AUGUCUCAACCUACACCCUAUUUUGACCCAUCAAUCCCCUCCUGCGUGGCAUGCCAAAAGGACUAUUCAACUUUUGAUUCAUGCAUUAGCUCUUCAGCGAUACUUCAGAACUUUUGGAACGCCAUAUUUGAUCCUGUUGGAUUUUUCAAUGCUUUCAAAUGUGCAUGCGGCGAUGCAUUUCUCAAGGUGUAUCCGUUAUGUCUCUACUGUUUUCAGCAGACUGGACAAACGAAUACCUUGUUGAACACUUCUGUGCCACCAUCUGUGGAACAGAUUAGAGAAACAUGUCAGGCAGGUCGUGCUCUUACCGGGAAUGCUUCUGGAUAUGAUCAAACAGCGACGUCUGGGCCCACACCGACUGGUAGUGCGUAUGGCGGUGCUGAGAGGCUUGCCGUGACGAGAUGGGGUAGUCAGAUUUGGUUUAUGGUAAUUGUAGGAAUUGCUGCUUUGAUCACUGCCAUGUAA